UCAAUCGGUUGUUUAUCUAUUCUGGGCAAACGCGUUGCUGCCUUGAGAUUGCUGCAAAACAAAGUACUGCAGUGCCGGAGUAUCCAGCAGCGUCAUCGCUCAUCGUGACUACUUAAAUAGCGACCGGGAAACUUGGGAUGGGUAGCCCGAUUACUGGUUACCCUUAUCAAAGUCUUGGGUUUUUUUUUGUCUGAAUAAAAAGCAACAAUACUAUUAGACAAGAGUGAGAUUGCGCGUGGUAAUAGUAUUUUUUAGAUUGCACGCCUUUAGUUUUUUCGGCUGUUAUUUUCCGUUUCUUUUGUUAAUUGCCUCAAUAGACUUUUGUUUAGACUCGGACUGCUGAAGAGUCUUUUCCUUUGUUUUAAAGGUAAAUAUAUUUGCGCAGCUGAAACUGUUCACUUCAAACGAAAUAUGUAUGCUUAAGGACGGGUAUCUAGAAUUAGAUUUUAGUUGGUAACUAGCGUGUUAACAGCUUUUAUUUCCCAGUUACUUAUCAUAAGAUAGGGCGUAAAUAACAGAUCGCUUUGUUGUAUAGUUGUUUAACUAUUAUUAACUUAUCUUAUAAACAGGGACUACCCAUUUAUCCAAAGAAACAACUAUGACGACAUUGAUUUCGGGCAUAAAGCCGCAGAAUGUGGUGCCAGUGCCCCGGCAGCACUUCGUUUGGUUUAUUUUGGGACCCCGCAAUAUUGAUAGGCGGUGGUGAAGUGAGGGAUUCGGAGUGGGGACAGGUAAUGAGGAAGCCGAAACAGGUUUGCACAGACUUAACCGUGCGGUGAGGUAAAUUGUUAGUCAGCAUCAGCGCCGUCCGCGUACCCACAUUAUGGACAAAUUGUUUGCUCAUAUUCGCUGCUAUUGAAAGUGGGCACGUACAUACGUACGGCUCGAAAGACAAGCUUUAACCGAAGACAGGUAGUCAGGGUUAUGUUUGUGAGCAAUGAUGAUGAUAAUAAUGAUGAUGAUGCCGACGAUCUUGCUGAUAAGGUCACCGGGUGCACCUCCCCAUAUCUCCUCUAUGAAUCCACAGAUCAUCAUGAUGCAACGCUGUUUGCGUCUACCAAAGCCGCUGGCCCUGCGUCGAGGCCUUCACAUGGCCCAACUUAAUGGCCAAGCGGUGGCCACAGAAGCACCCGAGGCAGAGCCUCAGGAUGCCUUCGAGCGUCAGUACCUCAAGGAGCGUAUCGAGAUAUCGCCUUUCCAGCGGGUUUUCCUAGGAGCAGGUUCUUCUAUUGCUGCUCUUCUUGAUCCAAGACGCCAUGACAUGAUCGCCUGUUUGGGUGAGACGACUGGAGAGGAUGCUCUGUGGACUAUUUUGGACACCAUGCAGGCCAGCGAGGAGGGUCAGCGCAUCAUGGCCGAUAAGCCCCGCAUCCACACCAGCACCAUUGACUUCAAGUACCUAGAAACCUUGCCACCGGAUACCUUUGGAGCCGCUUACGUGAAGUUUCUGAAAGAUAAUCAAGUCACGCCGGACAGUCGCAUGGCCGUGAGGUUUCUGGAGGACCCGAAGUUGGCCUACUUGAUGACGCGGUAUCGCGAAUGCCACGACCUGAUCCACACGGUGCUGGACAUGCCCACCAAUAUGCUCGGCGAGGUGGCUGUCAAGUGGGUGGAGGCUCUGAACACCGGACUGCCCAUGUGCUAUGGUGGCGCGGUGUUCGGAGCAGUUCGCCUACGUCCCAAGCAGCGGCGUGCGUACUUGAAGCAUUACUUGCCGUGGGCCCUGGAGAACGGAAAGCGGACCAAGCCCUUGAUGCCUGUCUACUGGGAGAAGCGCUGGGAGCAGAACAUCCACGAGCUGCGAUCCGAAUUGGGAAUUACUGUGUUGAAUAAAGCCUGAUAGGGCGUUUUUUUCAAA